CGGAGCUCCCACACGCCUCCCAGAAGAAGACCACAGUAAAUAACCGUUCCUGAUUUUGCGGGGAACCUCGCCUUGCCCAAGACAGGCAAAAUUUUUCCCCUUCGAGUUUGCUCGCACUCGGCGCGUCAGUACAACCAGCGCCUCGGCGUGGCAACGCACUGGACGCGAUCCGCGACACGAACUACAGAACUAGCCGCCGGUUAGGCAACCAACGACAAUGGGCAAACGUAAGAAGAGCUCAAGAAAGCCUCAGGCGCCAAAGAAGCGCGAGUCGCUCCCGAGGACGUUCACAUGCCUCUUCUGCAACCACGAGAACGCGGUCGAAGUCAAGCUCGAAAAGAAGGCCGGUUUCGGUCUACUCAACUGCAGGAUCUGCGGUCAAAAAUUCCAAUGCGCCAUCAACUACCUCGCCGCGCCCAUCGACGUCUACAGCGAAUGGGUCGACGCA